AUGAAAGUAAUCGAUCUAUUCAGUGGCUGGCCCAAUGCCAACUUGCUCCCGAAAUCUGCUCUCUCUGAUGCCUUUGCCGCAGUCAUGGCUGCUCCCUCUAUCCGGGACCCCGCUCUACAGUAUGGCCCCGAUGAAGGCUAUGAACCCCUACGCCAUCACAUCGCCCAAUGGUUAACUGCAUACUAUCGACCGCCAGACCCGAUUUCACCAGCGCGCAUCUGCAUCACCGGUGGUGCCAGCCAGAAUCUGGCAUGUCUUUUGCAGGUCUUCACCGACCCCAUCUACACGCGGAAUGUGUGGAUGGUGGCUCCGACGUAUCAUCUGGCCGGUCGCAUUAUGGAGGACAGUGGGUUUGCGGGUCGCUUGAGAGCUAUCUCGCAGAAGCAGGGAGCGUUGGAGUUGGAGGGGUUCAGACAGGAGUUGAGGAAGGUGGAAGAGCGUGCGAGAAAGGAAGAAAAUGAUCAACCGAAAUCUAAACCGUCAAGACCAUGGGCCAAAAUCUAUAAACAUAUCAUCUAUACAACUCCUACAUUCUCCAACCCAUCGACGCUCACCAUGUCGCUGGAAGAUCGUGAGAAUCUCGUCCGGUUGGCUCGGGAAUUCGACGCCCUGAUUAUAUCCGAUGAUGUCUACGAUUUUCUGCAGUGGCCAUCCGAUGACCUCCAGACGCCUCUCCCUAUGAAUUCAAAGGCGCUCCUCCCCCGCGUCGUAGAUAUAGAUCGUUACCUCGACGGGGGUCCCCAAGAUGAAUGGGGCAAUGCCGUCAGUAAUGGGAGUUUUAGUAAGUUGAUCGGACCGGGGAUGAGGACUGGAUGGGCGGAGGGGACCGAGAAACUCGCCUAUGGGAUUUCCCAAACAGGGUCAACACGAUCCGGCGGCGCACCCUCGCAAUUUGCAUCAGCCAUAAUAGAUCAGCUGUUGCCUUCCGGGUUUCUGCAGCACUACAUUGACCAAGUAUUACGCCCCGCAUACUCGAGACGAUACCAUCGCAUGAUGCUGGCAAUCCACGAGCACCUGCUGCCCCUGGGGGUCACCAUUCCCUUCCCCGCAUCCAGCGUAACAGGGGGGUACUUUAUCUGGCUGGAAUUACCCCGGUCUGUUCGCGCGAGUGACCUGGCUCCGGCUGCAGGGCAGAACCACGGCGUAAGAGUCGCCCCGGGCGAUCUGUUCGGAGUGCAGGGCGACCCGACGAUCAACCCGAAUGAGUGGAAUAGGUUUCUGCGAGUGUGUUUUGCCUGGGAAUCGGAGGAGAAAUUAGGGGAGGGCAUUCGACGAUUAGGGGAGGCUAUUCGCGACUUGACUACCCCGAGCUCCCCCGAACUUGUCUGA